UAUGGCUCAAAUAGAGGAAGAACAUAAGUUAAUAUAAUUAGAAAUCAAGUAUACUACAGAAAUUCACAAAAAUGUACCUAUUGAUCUUAAUGGAACUGUACUCAAAUUUUAAGAGACACUUGAAGAAAUUCUCAAAGUUCCCAUUCAAAAAUAAAAGAUUAUGAUCAAAGGAUCUCUCUUGAAAUAAGACUAAGAUCUUUCUAAAUUGAAUCUCAAAAAUGUAUAAAGCAUUUAUAUCUUAGGGUUAAUAAAUUAUGGUUAUGGGUGCAAGAGAAGAGCAUCUUUUAAAUUUGAAAUAGGGUAAGAAAAUCUUUGAAGAAGAUCUCACUCCAGAAUAGAAGGCUAUCUUAUUGAAAUAGAAAGCAGGAGUAUGAUAUUAAAUACAAACAUAUUAGAUUGUUUUACCAAUAGGAUUAGUCAAUUAAGGAAAUACAUGUUAUAUGAAUGCCUCAAUUUAAAUUUUGAGAAGAGUUAAUGAGUUGAAUGAAUACGUAAAGAAUAAUGCAAAGUAAGGAUAAGGACCUAGUGUUAAAUUAUUUAAUGCAUUAAAUGAUGUCUUCUAAUAACUUGAAAGUAAAGGUGAAUCAUUUAAACCAUUUAAUUUUCUUAGCGUAAUUAAUUUCUAAAAUAUGUCUAGAUUCUCUUUUAGUUAUAUCCAGAAUUCGCUUAAAGAGAAAACCAUAUGUCAUUUAAAUAAUAGGAUGCUGAUGAAUGUUUUUAAAAUAUUCUUUAAACAAUUGAACCAUUAACUACAUAUGAGAAUGAGGAGGGAUUAUAAAAAAAUUUAAUUAAAGAUCUAUUUGAAAUUGAAUUAAAAUCAACAAUUGAGAAUUAAGAUCUUCCAGAUGAACCUAAAAAAGUGAGUAUUGAAAAAGGAAAGAAAUUAAUGUGUAUAAUUGAUAACCAAAGUAGACCAGUUAGUACUUUAAUAGAAGGUAUUACAGUGAGUUUGGAAGAAUAAUUAGAGAAAAUUUCUGAAAUAGAUCAACAAACUCAUAUCUAUAAAAAAACACAAAGAAUUUUUAAAUUAGUAAGAUAUAUUGUUUAUAUUAUUAAAGCCAAGUUAUUUAUUAUGUUAAAUGGUUAGAUUUUAUUGGAAAUAAGGAGUAUAAGGUAAGGAAGGAGUUAAGGCUAAAAUAUUGAGAAAUGUUGCAUUCCCAAAAAUUUUAGAUUUAUUUGACUUCUGUGCUCCUGAAUUAUAAGAAUAAUUAUUAGCAGGAAGAGAAUAUGAGAAAAAGAAACUUUUGGAGAUGGCUGCUAAAGAGACUGAUGAAUUAGAAUAAUUUAAGAAAGAUUUAGAGGCAUCUGGAAAGAUGAUACCUGAUGAUACAAGAGAAAUUUAUAAAUUAUUUAAGGCUAAAAAAUAAUAAGAAGAAAUAAAGAAUCAUGAUGAUUAGUUAUAUAGAAAACAUGGAUUUGGAUUAGUUACAGGAAAUUAUGAGUUAAUUGGAGUUUUAAGUAAUUAAUUAUUUAAUUAAUAGCUCAUACUGGAAGAGAGGCUGAUUCUGGACAUUAUAUGGCAUGGGUUCAUCAUUCAGGUGAUAAUUGGAUAUAGUAUGAUGAUGAAAAGACAUUUGAAAAGAAAAUAGAACAAAUUAUGGAAUUAAGAGGUGGUGGAGAUUGGCAUAUGGGUUAUUAUCUACUGUAUAGAAGAUUAGAAAUUGAGUGAUAUUAUAAAAAUGAAUAAUUAUCAUUAUUUAUUCAAGUUCAUUAUUGUAGGAGAAUCAAGUAACUGAAUGAAUUAAGUUAGAUGUUGGAAAGAGUUGUUUAUUGUUAUAAUACACAGAAGCCAGAUUCCAAGUUGGAUAUGAUGCUACCAUUGGGGUUGAAUAUGGAUCUAAAGAAGUUAUCUAUGAUGAUAAACUAAUUAAAUUAUAGCUAUGGGAUACGGUAUUAUUUAAUUAUAUUCAGGCAGGCUAAGAGUCCUUUCGUUCUAUAACUAGAGCAUAUUAUAGGGGGUAUUAAAAAUCAUUUUUAUAUGUAUAGAUCGAUUGGUUGUUUCUUGGUUUAUGAUAUUACAAGGAGAAUAACAUUUGAUAGAAUUUAAACAUGGGUUAAAGAUGUGAAAUAAGACACUAAUAAUAGAAUUGAAUUUUUAUUAGUAGGCAACAAAUGUGAUUUAAAAGAUAGAAAAGUUAGUUAUGAUGAAGGAAAAUAAUUAUCAAUCCAAUUAGGAUGUUAAUUCUAAGAGACUUCUGCAAAAACUGGAGAAAAUGUAGAAUUUAUAUUUGAAUCUUUAACAAAGAAAAUUUACUAAAACAUUAAAUCUAAUUAAAUUGAUCCUCAUGAUCCAAAUCAUGGAAUCAAAAUAGGAAAGAUUGGAGAAAAUGAAAAAGUAACAGAAAUUCCUAACUAGAAAAAAAGAAGUAUUUGUUGUUGAA